CAGACUUGUUAUUUGUUUUGACGACAAGUUUCGUUUGGUGGUUAAGUAUAGUUAACAACAAUGGGGCAAGUUCUUCGACCAUCUCGCUAGGGGACGAUGAUUUUUCGCUGAUGGAUCUGGCAAAUCCGAAAUUCUUCAUCGAGCUCACAAAAACAAACUUGAAGGAACCCUUCUACAUUACGAUGUCCAAAGAAAUUUGGGAAAGUAUUGACGAAAAUGAACUUGUGGUGCAUCUGACGAACAAGAGGAAUAAGUGGGAGACGAGGUACAUAAACCAUCCGGGGAAGAAAUACAUCGAAGGCUUCGAGUUUUUGAUGGACAACGAUCUUGUGCACGGUGAUAUUCUGGGCUUUGAGCUGACCAACAAGACUCCGGUGGAGAUGAGUCAUUCGGUCUACUUUAAUCGGAAAUCCCGAGGGGUUGGAAACCCUGAUAUGGCAGAAUUGACGCCAUCCGUGAGGCUUUCGGUGGAAGCGGCUUUUCGACUAACAACCCCAUUAAUCUCGACUGAUAUGUACCUAUUUCCCUUGUCGAAUUAUUGUGUAAUAUGUAUUGUAUCUUUAUGAACCCUCCAGUUUUCCCUAAUAAAAAUCCUAAGUUUAGAAAAUA